UCCCUUUUUUUAAGAGUUAAUCCUGAAUUUAUUUGCCUCCAUUGACGUAAACAAAACGACUCGGAAGUUAUUCUUAAACACUCGAGACGAAUUGUGGUGCAAGGAGGCGUGAUCGAGCUUGUUGGUGUCUGAAAUACGUUUUGUGUUUUUUGUCAUCAACACAUCACAUUUCUUGUAAAGGUUUAUUAUGUGGCUUUGAGGCAGGUCCUGAACUGACACUUGAUGGUAUAAAAACUGAAUCUCUAAAACCGAAGGCACCAGCUUCAGCUCAGACACAGGACCCGGGAGGUCUAAUGCACACAGGAUGGAUGUAGAUGGAGGAGCUUCAGUCUUCUUCUUCUUCGGCGAUGCUUAGAAAGAUCCAGAACUUGUUUAUCAGUUAAAAACUUUUUUGUGUCAGAUCAAAUUUUUGUUUGUUUCCCUAGAAAAAAAAUGGAAAAAAUGGAUUACAGGCUGGAGUUCAUGGUGCUUCUUGUUUUCCUGACAACAGUUUCAUCAGUUGUUCUGAGCAGAGACGAAUUUGCAGAAGCCGUGGUGUAUUUAAGGAAGUAUGGCUAUCUGCACAUCCCACUGGACAGUAAAGGACAAAACCAUUCAUCAGAGGAGAUAGCGGAAGCUCUAAGAAUCUUUCAGAAAGUGACAAAUCUGCAAAUAUCAGGAAAACUAGACUCGGCCACUCUGGCGAUGAUGAACAAACCUCGGUGCGGUCUAGAAGAUUCUUUCGAUAACAAAUCUCUCAGAUAUCGAGUCAUGGGUUACUGGCGUAAGAAGAUGCUGACCUACCGCAUCUAUAAUUACACUCCUGACUUGGGUCAGGGAAAGACCCGUUUGGCCAUCCAGAAUGCGUUUAAGUACUGGAGUGAUGUGUCACCUUUAAGGUUCAAGGAGCUGCAGCAGGGAAGAGCAGACAUCAAAAUCUCCUUUCACAAAAAAGACAGGACGUGUCCGGUGCCCUUCGAUGGGAAAGGUCAUGUUUUAGCCCACGCUGAUGCCCCUGAGUCAGGAAUUGUGCAUUUCGACGAAGAUGAAGUGUGGACAGAAGGGAAGUCUCAGGGCUCCAACCUGAGGAUUGUCGCAACUCAUGAGAUUGGCCACGCUCUCGGCUUGGGUCACUCACAGUACUACAGCGCCCUGAUGGGACCUGUGUACAACGGAUACCGCUCUGACUUCAAGCUACAUCCAGAUGACAUACGAGGGAUUCAAGCUAUAUAUGGAAAGCCGGAGAAGGCUCCUCCACCCAAAACAAAUCCAUCAGUACCAGGAGGAGCUGUUCCAGAUCCUUGCAAGGCCUCGAUGGAUGCGAUAAUGUUGGGUCCUUCGCGUAAGGUGUACGCUUUCAGUGGUCACUACGUGUGGACGGUGUCCAGUUCUGGCCACAACACCCCCUUCCUGAUCUCUGCACUGUGGAAGGAGCUGCCAGGGAGCCUCAGUGCAGCUGUUCACUCUCCGCGGACUGGCAAGACCUAUUUUCUGAAAGAAGACAAACUGUGGAGAUACUCCGGCUUCAGACUUGACCACGGCUUCCCCAGGCGCUUGAACAACAUCCCUGCGAAUGUUGACUCAGCAUUGUACUUCAACAAGAACAAAAAAAUUAUCUUUUUCAAAGGCUCUGGAUACUGGCAGUGGGAUGAAAUUAAACAGACGGACUUCAGUUCAUAUCCCAAACCUGUUUCACAACUCUUCUACGGGUUACCCAGCAGUACUGACGCUGCACUUACAUGGACAAACGGUUAUAUAUACUUCUUUAAAGGCACCCAGUACUGGCGCAUAAACCAGUACCACCAGGCUGUGGAGAAAGCCUAUCCUCUGAGUACCGCCACACAUUGGAUGCAUUGUGACGACUGAACCACCAGAGGCCACCAGGGAUUCAACGCAAGCCUCAUCCUGCACAAUGAUUCAUGAUUACAGUGUGAGAUGGUUAUUUAUUUGGACCCUGACGAAAACAGAUGUUCACAGACUGUAUGAAUCUCUUGUGUGAGGAAUUUUCUGCAUUAAAUCAAUGAGAAUAAAUAUUUCAAUGAUGUUUUUUUGUGUCUAUAAGAUAUUAUUUAUAAAGUAGUUAGACAAAUUGCAUAAGUUAUAUGAUAAAACAUCUAUAGUUUGUAAAAUUCCUGAAAUAAUCAUCUCUUAUAUCCAUGUGUCCCAAUAAAUCAUGAUACUGUACCAGGACCCUGAAACUGAAGCAGCUCAGUUAAUGUUAUUAUUUACACCUGCCUCAUUAGGUUUGUUACAUUGUGUCCGUCUCAUUUGAACAUUUUCAA